AUGGCAAUUGCAAUCCAAGAUGCUUCAGUUUUAUAUAAUGGUAAUUUUCUCGAACCUGGUAUAUAUAAAAAAUAUGUUCUUAAAAAGGCAUUAGAGGCAUGGAAACAAUUAGGCAGCGAUGAAACAAACCUUAAAAGAAAUGAAAACCAUAUAAAAACUCUUGCUCUAAAAAUACAUUCUGUUUCACCUCAUAAUGCAGCUUGUGAACGAGUUUUUAGCAUAUUGGUCGAAAAUGCUAAAUCAGAGCUUAACUACGUGGAUCAAAAUCUUCGUCAAGAAAAUCUCUUGUCGACCUUUAAUCAAAUUGCAAAUUCUAUAGAAGAUGGAAACUCACUUCUUUUGGAAGAACUUACAGAAAAAGAUGCGGAAGAGGUUUUUGAGAAGAAUAAUUUAGUCAAUAAAAAUUCAACAAAUUUAGAAGUCAGAAAGUUUAUAUCUUUAUCUUCCAAUUUAGAAUCUAGUAGAUCUUUAAGUAAAGAUGUUAUAUAUGGAGAUAAGGACUUUGAU